GGUGUAGCAGUCAGCAAAACAUGGUUCAAGUCUGUCCAGGAGCUAGACACCAAGGAAGUGUUAACUUGUGUUGGGUAGCAGGUGUAGUUUGCUAGCAGCUAGGCUAGCUUUAGACACUGCCAACACAUCAGUCACUAUGGCUUUUGAGUUUUGCCUUGGUGUGACCUUGCUCCUUUCUGUGUGGGCGACUGCAAAGUGUGAUCUUAUUCCUAAUGGAGCUCUUCAUAUGGAGUGUCGUGAUCGUUUCUUCAUGAUAGCUGUUGAUCUCUCAUUCGCUGGGGAUGAAUCUCGCUUUGAGGCUGUUGAUGGGACAGGCGUGUACGUCAUCACGACUCCGUAUGCAGCUCAGUGUGGCUACAGUGUCAGUGUCCUCCCUCUAGCCGGCCAUGUGGAGCUACGAGCCUCCUACUUCAGCUGCCACACUGACAACAAGGAUGAUGAAGUCUUCACCUUCAACUUUAACCUGAUUGUGCCACAUGAAGGAAAGGAGGCCAUCUAUGCUUUGAACAAGACCUGUGCUCUGUCUCUGCCCUGGUCUCCCAGAGAGGUCACCUGUGAAGACAACUACAUGGAAGUGUCUGUGAGAAGUGAUGUGGCCUGUCCAACUGGGACAAAGAAGGAUGACUGGAAUAAUGCUGUCAAAACGGCUCAUAAUUUAGCCGCCUCAGACUGGCAGGUGAUGUUCCAGAUGUUGGAGCAGGACUUGACACCCAUGACCCUCUCUGAAGCUCAUGAGCAGGGCUAUGAGUUUGCUUUGACAGAAGGAAGGCUGGUAUUUCGUGCUCCAUAUGGACACCCUUACUCUUUCAGCUCUGAGGUGAAUGGUGUUCCAGUAGAGGUGGCCCAUGCAACUCUGUUCUCCCGACAAAACUGGGUUGUCCUCAUGGUCGACCUGGUGGCUGCCUGCUCCAUGCAUGAAGGAUCAUUUGACGACAGCGGCGAUAUGAUGUGGGCGACUCCCGAGGAGCUGCACCCACUGGUACCUGGUCUACACGAGACGCAGGUCAACAUCGGUGUCAAUGGUGAACUUGUGGAGCAGCCAGUUGCAGAGGACCGAGGCUACAAUGUGGAGAAGUACAACAAAACAGUCCUGAUAAGCAUCCCUUAUAAUGCUGAAGGAGCAUACAGGAAGAGCUUUGUGUCCGGCGACCUCCACGAGUUCUACGUCUUUGAUCUCUACUUGGAGCAAAUCUCAGUGACUGGGGAUCAUGUUGACACCAGGCUUCGCUUUCACAGGACUCUGGCCACACACCUGCUGCCACGCCCUGUUUUCACUGAGAACCGAACCGUUCCGGAUGAGCUCACAUUCACGGUCUACCUCGGGGACAUUCCUGAUGACGUUGCAUUGACUUCUGUUAAUUUGAACGGACAUGAAUGUAAACUUCCAUUCAGAAAUACAAGCGGCCAUACAAUCACAAAAGUGGUUCAUCCCAACAACACUCAUGGCUACACUCUGAAGGUGCCUUUUGAUGACCCGGUUGUCAUAAAGCAGUUCUCUAAAGAAGAUGCAGCAAUGCAGCACAGUCUGGACCUCAACUACACACUGACAGUUCUGCCUGAAAAUGAGUCUUUUCACCAGCUGGCAUCAGUCAUGGCAUUAUCUGAUGUCUCUGCUCCAGCCUUUGACGCUGUCUGUUCCGAGUCUGGCAUCGGCUUCAGACUGGACCACCGGCCUUUUGACUACCUGUGGGAGAUCUGUAUCGGCUCGGAGAUGCUGACACCAGAGCUGGCAGCUCAGCACGGCUACAUCAUGAGAAACGACAGCCAGAGUCUGCUGCUGGAGGUGCCGCUCUUCACUCAUGGCUACGAAUACAAGGACAUUACUUUGAAGGGCUUCUCAGGCACGUUUGAGAUCCUCGUACGGGAUCCUGAAACAUCAGAAGUCCAGAGCUCAGCUGUCAAGACUUGUCCGUUCUCUACUACUGAACUAAUCUUGUGUUCGACUGAUGGGAGGAUGACUGUGAUAGCUGACUUGUCUCUGGGUGUCGCGAAUGGAGGAGUUCCUGCUCGAACCAACCUGGUGGACAAAUUCUGUGGACCCAAAGAGUCAGACGACACCAGAGCUCUGUUCUCUUUUCCACUCAACAGCUGUGGAUCCACAGUCAGGCUCAGUAAGGAGUACGUGACCUAUGAAAAUGAGAUUUUCUUCAGCAAGAAGCUGCGUGCUCUGAAAAAUCCAGCUGACUCCAGUAAAACUGACAGGGUGACAAUCCAGUGCACAUAUCCUCUGUCUGGACUGUUCCGCCUCUUCUCAGUGUACAGGUUUGAGUCUGACACUCCUGGUGUUGGCCGCAUUCUGCAUUCUGCACACUCCACUGAAGGUCUACAGACUCCCACCAUUGAGCCCACUACAGUGCGCCAAACACCAGUGUACCCUACCAGACGCACUCCAAGACCUGUCUCCAUCCGACCUGGUUACUACCCGUCUGCUCAGUACGUUAAAGUAUCAAGCUUUAGGAAGAAUCUUCCAAAGAGAGGAGGCAGAGGAUCUUCACAAGCUAAAGUUCAUGGAUCCAUAUUCUAAAGGACUGAAUAUGUAUUUUAAUUGUAAAGCUCAAUAAAAUUCAUGUUUAUAAAAA